AUGUUGGAUGCUGGCCAAUUACGUGUAGAAACUUUGAGACGUCGUCUGGACGAAUCACUUGCUUCUCAUCAGAAAUCGGCUAAUCAGAAAGACCGGGAUGCUCGCUCUCUCCAUAUUGUUCGUGUUAGUACCAAGGAAGCUUUCGUAGAAAUAGGCGAACAUGGCGCUCGUCCUCGUUUGGAUAGAGUUCUCUCUUCUUCUCCUCUGAAUGUGAUUUGUGAUGGGUCUUCUAUGGGUGACUUAGCUACGAGUCCAGCGGAAUCAAUUGAUUCUGGCAUAAGCUUAUCACCAGUGACAAGUCCCGUCGGAAAGCACUCACCAUUUUAUCAGUAUUCUGAGGAAAACCGUUUGGGUAUGCGCCAACGUUCUGCUAGUGAAUCCGAGUGGGCUUCUGAGGGUCUUAAGGGUAUUCUCAAAAAACCCUCUCUCAGAGCACAAAGAUUGGCUCGCUCCGUUUCGGAAAGUUGCCAUAGUCAUCCGUUAGGACCUUUCGGUUUGAUUGGAACCUUGGAAGAGGAAGAAGAAGAUGUAGGAGCAUACGUUGAAGAAGGGGAAGAUGAAGGACACACUGACGAGCCCGCUCGAAUCGCUUCUCGGAAGAAGAGAGUCAGCUUCAGCGAAAAACUUGAACAGUGCCGUCGCUUCCGUCCAAAUCAAUGUAUUCUCAGUCAAGCUCGCAAAAAUGAGAAAAAACGUCAGCAAAAACGUCGUAAAGAUGAUGAGCGCAGACGUAGUUGUGGUAGUGAGUCUGAUGGACAAGAAAUUGCUGAACCAACAAAGCCUUGUCUUCGUAACGAACGUCAAGACAGUGGUUUCGUAGAUUCGACUGAUUCUCCUCCAUCAUCUCCACUGCCAUCUGAAGAGCGUACUUGGUCUGAUCUCAUCCGCCAACAGCGGAAAGCAGUAAGUGAUCGUGCCUAA